AUGAGACUCGCCGUCGGUCUGCAGCUCGCAGCUGCGUCCCUUCUCCUGCGGCGCGCAUUCCACUCGUCGUCGCGCCGCAGCGACGUCUUCUUCGCCUCCAUCCCAGCUAUCAAGUCGGGGCUCCUCACUAUUACCCGCUUCAGUCUGCUCUUCCUUCCCUUUGUGUUUAGAUACAGGCUGUGGAAGAAGUACAAGCGCACUGCGUGGCUCCUCAUCCAGAUUCCCUGGACCCGCCGUCCUCGCCAGGGUCUCUCCAUCCACCCCCACCGACGUCAUUUGGCAUGCAAGAUCACCACCACUGACAGUAUCGCGCAGAUAUUUGCGAUUUGCAUUGUCAUUGCGCUUGGCCUAGACCAGUGUCCCCGUACAGGACGAUGGAGGCUGCUGCUCAUGUCGCCUGGAGAAGAACUGGCCUGGUCUCACCGCAAACACAAAGACGUGCUCCUGCACGACGGCCCAUUACUGCUUCCUCCCGAGGAUAUCCGUUCUGUGAAGGUCGGACGCGUGGUUACGCGUAUUGUCGAGGCACUGGAAGAGCAAGAGGGCAAUGUCGUCUGCGGUGCGACAUGGCCGCCACGAGAGGACAAGAAACGGGCUAGUCAAGAGGACGACAGUCGUAUCAACCGCUACGUUCCCUCUGCUACGGCGACGAGUGGGUUCAUGCCGUUCCGACCCAUGAGCAGCAACCCCCUCAAGGAUCAGAAUAUCGAGGCGGCCGACUGGAACAUCUACGUCAUAGAUUUGCCCCUCCUCAACGCGUUUGCCCUUCCCAGCAAAGAAGUCUUUAUCUACACUGGACUCCUCGACCUCCUCCCGGACGACGACCCAAUGCUCGCCGCCGUGCUCUCCCACGAGAUUGCCCACGUCACGCAACGCCAUAGCGUUGAGAACGCCGGAUUUCUCAACCUUGCCGCUGUGGCAUUUGACGUGCUGCGAGGCAUCUCGUUUGCGCUCACCAUUUCCUUUCCAUUUAUCACCGAUUCGGCAGGAAUGUUUAUCAACUGGCUGAACGAUGUGGUUGCCGAGCGCGCCUACUCCCGCACACUCGAGAAAGAGGCCGACGCUGUCGGUCUUGAACUCAUGGCCUUGGCAGGGUAUGACCCACGGGCCAUGGCUGACCUCUGGGAGCUCAUGCACUGUGUCGAGCUCGACGAGGCAGCCUCGGGACGGUCGCAGAGCCUUGACGCUCGCGUGCCCUUGCUCCGAACACACCCGACGAGUGAGGAGCGUCAAGACGCCAUUGCAGCCCUCAUGCCCAGAGCUUUGGUCAUGUGGAAGAAGCACCAACACCGGCCAAGCAAGGCCACGGUCCAGGAGGAAGUGGACGCGAUUCAGAAAGAGCUCGCUGCGCUUGACGUCACCGAACACCCAGCUCACACCGUUUAA